UUAGUAUAACGUGUUUCUAAGAUUUUUAAAGUGCGUGACAGUAGGUGUUAUAAUUAUAACGUAGCAAUUACUUGUAGCGCAUUCUUUCUGCCUCGGUUGUAUAGCCAACUCUUUUUUAAACUAUAAUUGGUGUACACCAAUCGUAGUUCAAAAAUAGCUGAUAGAAAGAAAUGCAUAAUUUUUUGUUUUUUUUUUCACGGUUUGCUUUGUAAUUGUAAUUAACCUUUUUAAGUCCAGAAGAUUUUGUUUCUGUUAUCAAGUCGCUGUCUCUUCUGUCAAGUAUCUAUUUAUUCUGGAAAAUUAUUUUUGAUACUUCUUAUAUUUAAAAUUAUUUUAAUAAGAUUCUGUCAAACCAUUUUAUGCUUAUAACAGUAUUUAGUACAAGUAAUUUGUUUUAUGGGGAUGUGAGACAAGGAUUGAUGUGCGUGGCUCCUUCUUCCGAUGCCGUUGAGCACAUGUACGAGCGGGCUCGUGGUGACGGCGCUGGUGGCGCUGCUGCUGCUGCCGGCGCAAUACUACGUGCCGAACUUGUACUUCAAGUCCGACGAAGAGUUCCAGACUCCGCCGCAAAUCACUCCUGUUCCCACUUCUACACAUGUUUGGUUCGACCUUGCGUCCGCUCACGUUCCGCCUCUAGACCUCAUUUUCACAAUCGUAUUGCUGACGCUAGCUUUUAUUACUUAUAUAUUCGAAUGGAUCCAAAGGAAAAUAAUGGAAAGAAGAAUCAUGAAGUUGAAUCAGUAUUUGAGUGCGAGCCUGGACCGACUGCGUGCGUGGGAUGCCCGCCAGGAGCAGCUGGAGGGGACCCUGAGGAUGGUGCACAACGCCACCGCCGAGUACAACCUGCUGCUGUACCUUCUACUGCGCAAGCACCGCUGCCUCGCCGCGCACGCCGGCCCCCCCUCCAACUGCUUCUUCGACAAGGAUUUGGACGAUGAGCUGUUUUCUUUAAGGAAUCCCAACCUCGAGCCACAAGUUCUAUGACGAGUGAUUCUAGUGUUCCUCAUACGUGGUCUUUGUUUGUUGAAUAUACUUACAAUAGUAUUAAUUUGUUAGUAAGUUCAUUUAAAUUACUUAGUUUUUACCUAUAGUCGGUUCUCCGUGUGGUCACAGCAUAGAAUAGGCCACCCGUUCCUUUCCCGUGGGUGUCGUAAUAGGCGACUAAGAGAGGGUAAGAGGUGGGCAGAAAGGUUCCUGUUAAAACAUCUCCAAAGCCUAACUGCGGUUACCAAUCCAUCUGCCAAGCAUGGCAACUACCGGCAAAACCCCCUUGGAUGGAGGAUUAUGUUCAGUAAUUCAAUAAAAAUUAAUGAAAAUGUAACCAAAU